AUGCUGUUUAUAACUAUUCCUGCCUCUAAAAAACACAAGAGCCUGCUAGAGCAUGACAGUGACCUUGAUUCCAAUAGCUCCGAUGAGCACGAUACUCGAAUCGAAGAACUUUCGGAGGAAGAAGAACCUGACUCAGAUAAUGACGACGAAGAUAACGAGCCUGAGCAGUCCCAGCCUACGAAGAUCCUUACACCACCUCCGACCACGUCCAAAAAGCGAAAGCGCGGAACUAAACUAUCACCGUCUGACCCUGACCCUCCGGCAGGUGUAAAAGAGGUCACCUUUAUCACGAGCAUCACCUCUGCAGCUGAGAUGAAGAAACCUGCGAGCAAACGUACCUCGAGGAAUCAAACCUUCGCACUCAAUCUUGACGAGCCUUGGGACACCAUGAAAGCUCAAGUUCUCGUCAAAAUCUCAGAUGCACUCAACCCUGGACUGCUCCGCUACGAGGAUUACGAGGUCUCCUGGUUCAUUCCGCGUGUCCUUCCCAAACCUGGCUUAUCCCUCCUCGACGAGAAAGAUUUCGAUGUUUUGGCAAUGAUCCAACCCAUCAACGUGACAAUUAUUCAGAAGGAGAACCACGAACUCAAGGAGAACGAAGCUGCAAUUGAGCCGACUGUGAACGAGAAAGCUAAAAAACGAAAGGAAGCAGCUGCCAUUCUUCCCGGAAAUCAACACAAGAUUACGAACAUACAGAGCAUCUGUGAGCAUUGGAUUUGCAAGAAAUCAGAUGCCGCAUGUCCAUCAACGCAUUGCUAUGUUGAUUCGAGCACGGACGAACAUCUGCAUCUCAAUGCCGAACGGUUCGAUUGCUGGGCAUCUGCAAUGCUCAAAGACGACGGGACAGCAACACUGGAGAAGCCACCUCACCAUAAGCUCUUCGAUGUUCGAAAGAUCAGUCCUGUACUUCAGCGACGACUGGACUCGCAAAACACUAAAGUGUCAUCACCUUCUGCACCAGUCUUCAACUUCACUAUCGGAAAUGAGGUUCUCGACAUUUUUCGCCCAUGGCUGCCCGCUGCCGCUGUCGCACCAGCAUUAUCCUCCACGUCGCACUCGUCUGACUCUGCUUGUACUACACUCUUACAUCCAUCUCGUGCUCAAGGGAGGGGUAUACCACUUGACGAAUUCUGCACGGAAUAUGACUUAGGCAACAAUAUCCAUGCGAAAUUCGCCGAGAAUGCAUACAAGGAAGCUCGGUUCUUACGCUUCGUUACGAUUUCCGAGUUGAAAGAGAUGGGCUUCCAAUUGGGUGAAAUUGCUGCGCUACGUGAUGCUGUUGAACGGUGGUCUGUCCCUCGUGUUUGA